UUUAUGCGGAUCAUGUGACCAGUAGCUCUAACUGGCACCAACAUCAGUCAAUCAAUCAGCAAAACCGCAGCCCAAAAAUGUUUCAAUUAUGUUAUCGCCAGCCACAACGACAUCGUCCAGAAUCGAAACCAUCGAACCAGAGCAGAGCAGAGCUGCCCAGGCCAGGCGCUACGGUGGAGGAGCGAGCGUAAGCCGAAGGAUCCAGGGAAUCCCAAGAAUCCGUAGACCAAAGUCACAGUCAAAACCGAGACUAGCACCAAAUAAUCACCAAUCACAAGGCAACCGAGAGCAAUUUAGCAUAGCAACCGCACAGGAAUUAGCCACAAAGGGCACACAGACCGAGUCAGAGUCAGAGUCGGAGUCAAGGGGUCGAGCCAGUCCAGGAUCAGAAGCAGGACUUCGAUAUGGGCUGCUCGCCAAGCACACUGCCCGCCCCGAGUGCUGGGGGCGGUGGAGCCCCCGGUGGCCAGGGAUCCCUCCCAUUGGACGCCACUGAAAAGGAUGGCAGUCGUUUGUUCUGCAUCAAGUUGCGACGCAGUCGCCUGCGCCGCUGCAGCUGCGGCGGUGUGACCUUGCAGGUGCCCAACGAUGGCAAUGGCAGCACUGCGGGCAGCGGCACCGGCGACAACCUGUGCGGCCAGGUGCUCCUCAAUCCGCUCCAAACCAAGAGCGAGGCCGACUACGAGAAGCUGAGCACUGGCAAAAAGGACUCCAUCGUGACGGUGGCUGCCCUGGGCAACUUCACACACAGCGUGGUGCGACGGGCCACUGGGAGCACAGGCACCUCGGGCACCAGUUCAUCCGGUGGCGGCAACAGCCACCGCCACCGCAAGUCAUCGCUCGCCCGCUUAACACCGGAAGAUGAGCCAAUGGACGUGUACCAGCGAAAUCUCAUGGACCUGAAGUAUCCAACCGUGCUACCACCGAAUCCUCAACUUAAGGCCCUGCUGGUCUUCCACAAGGCGGACAGCAUCUGCGAGGCGGUCACCGCGGCCUGCCAGCGCCACCAGCUGGACGUAACGCUGGUCAAGUCGAAGGAGGAGGCGCUGGACACCCUGCAGAAGUCGUAUGCCACCGCCCAGUGCUACCACCUAAUCAUAAUUGAUGCACGUUCCGCCAAGAAUCUGGAUGCGGAGCAUAUUGCGAGAACCAUACGUCACACACAUGGCCACCAUUUAACGACAAUAAUUGCAGUCUGCAAGAAGAGUUUCUUCGAGAAGGAUGAUGUGCUAAUUGCUCUAUUGGACGCUGGCGUUAAUAGAUGCGUAGCGGAGACGACCAACCUGGCCAUGUGCAGUGUGGAACUGAAGCAGAUACUGCACUCCAUCAUCCGGCCGCACAAUGUCAUGUCCACUCAACAGGCACUCUACACGGCUCUGCAUCGGCUGAAGGAGGUGGUGCUCAUCACGGACGACGUGCUGCGCAUUCAGUACGCAAACAGGGCCACCGAGAGGCUCCUCAACAUGCGGCUGGACGAAAUCAUUAGCAAGCCGCUGGCGGACAUAUUCGUGUCGGACCUGUCCACCAUCAGUGAGCAGGGCAAGAGCAUCAAGGAGUUCGAUGGCAUACUGACGGUGCGCCGCAAGAGCCAGGAGGGCAUACCCAUGCACGUACGCGUUGUGCCGGUGGCCUGCAUCGGCAGCGCACCCACGCACCUGAUUUUCAACUUUGAUGUGCCCGGCGGGCAGAUGGACUUCAUAGCCACACUGCCACAGCCCAAGGAGGCUCCGCGGGGCUCCCUGCAUUCGGUGCGACGGUGCAGCUUCGAUGUCCGGUCGAUAGCCUCGGAUGGACUGCGAAGGACCAGUUUGGCCAAGCUCACAUCGCUGCCCCUGGAGGCGCCCAUCACUAAAGAGAAUUGUUCGGCCGAUGAGGCUCGUCUCAUCGACAAGGUCCUGGAGUUCCUGAAACGCGAGGGCCUCUACAGUCCGCAGAUGAAGGAGAUACGAACGGAUGAUCCCAUAGCCACCGAUCUGAUCGGUGCCCUGCUGACGGGACCCAGCGUUUACUCAUCGCGUCGCAGCUCGAAUGACUCCAUCAUACGCACUGGCAGCUCCACCAGAACAGCCACAAUAGUGCCAGCCAAGAUGAAGGCCAAUCCCAUCAUCAUGGAACUUCUUGAAGAAUCUCUCAGCUGGGACUUUGAUAUUUUCAAAUUGGAGGAGAUCACCGACUAUCAUCCACUGCUCUACCUGGGCAUGGAAAUGUUCCGUCGCUUCGAUGUCUUUGCCACCCUGAACAUUGAUGAGAACGUGUGCAAGGCCUGGCUGGCAGUGAUGGAGGCCCAUUAUCGCAAGAGCAACACAUAUCACAAUAGCACCCAUGCAGCAGAUGUUAUGCAGGCCACUGGAGCAUUCAUCACCCAGCUGACCAACAAGGAUAUGCUGGUAAUGGAUCGCAUGGAUGAGGCAACCGCUUUGAUUGCAGCCGCUGCCCAUGAUGUGGAUCAUCCAGGACGAUCCUCGGCCUUCCUGUGCAACUCGAACGAUGCCCUGGCUGUCCUGUACAAUGAUCUAACCGUGCUGGAGAACCAUCAUGCGGCCAUAACCUUCAAGCUCACUUUGGGUGAUGAAAAGAUCAACAUUUUCAAGAACCUGGACAAGGAGACCUACAAGUCAGCUCGCAGCACCAUCAUCGACAUGAUUCUGGCCACCGAGAUGACCCGGCACUUUGAGCAUCUGGCCAAGUUUGUGAGCGUCUUUGGUGGCGAAGAGCCCCGGGAGCAACACUCGCAGACGGAGGAGGAGACAUCCAUACUCAUGCGCAGAAUGCUGAUCAAGGUGGCCGAUGUGAGCAAUCCCGCCCGUCCCAUGCAAUUCUGCAUCGAGUGGGCCCGGCGCAUAGCCGAGGAGUACUUUAUGCAGACGGACGAGGAGAAGCAGCGACAUUUGCCCAUUGUGAUGCCAAUGUUUGAUCGGGCCACCUGCAGCAUACCAAAGAGCCAGAUUGGCUUCAUCGAAUACAUCAUUCAGGACAUGAUGCAUGCCUGGGAGAGCUUCAUCGACAUGCCGCAACUGAUCACUUACAUGCAGAUCAACUAUUCGCAAUGGAAGAAGUACGAUGAGCAGGGUGUCAACACUUUGGCUGACAUUAUGGCCAAGCAGCCGCCGGUGGGCAAGAUGGCCAACUCCAAAUAGCAUACGGCCUUCCGGAGAUUGUUCUCGGGUCUACUGAAGCCACUGCCGGCCCAUGUGCCGGGCACCUCCACGAUUGGCGAGAACGAAAUGGAGGAUGUACUCUAGUGACGGCGUCGUUGGUCCUGCGACGUUCUUCUCCGGACUCGCAGUCUCUCGACCUGAUCGAGGUUCGAGUUCGUGCAGCUCCCCCAACCCUCAACACCUGUUGUGUCCCGCCCACACACACACACACCCACACACUCACAUAUCCCUCAACGGACCAACGGACAGGACCAUUGGGGCAAGGACAGGUGUCGUGGGGUGAGCCAAAAAAAGGCAAAGCGGUGUCACAAAAGCAAACGAGCUAAAAACAAAAAGAACUAACUAAGGCAAACAAACAAACAAAACAAAGUAAACAAUUAUUGGGCUGGACUCAAAAUUAAAUGUUUAAGAUGCAUCACAAGAAGCAAACUAUUUCUAUUUCUAUAUAAAAAGGAAAGAAAACAAAAUAAAACCGUGUGAGUCUGUCUGUGUGUAAAUGCUGCGCGUGUGUGCAUGUCCCUCCAACCCAAGUAAAUGUGUAUGUGUUUAGGCUAACAAAAGCAGGCUAAAAUCCCACAGCAUAUUGGCCAGAAACGGAGCAACAAUAUGGCGUGCGCUCAACCUGUACCUGGCGAAACACGAUCUUAAAUCGUACAGCAGUCAAGGCCAGGCUAUAUCUAUAUAUCUAGAUAGUUAUAGCCCACAGUUCUCUCCCACAUCAAGAAGACAAUCUCUGCAAGGCCAAGUAAAACUAGUUCGGAAUCGUAUAAAUCUUAAGAUUCGGAAAGACCACACACAACAGUGCAGGCAGUCACUAUUUAAUAACUACCUAUCACUAUCGA